AUGAGCCAGACUGUCCUGCAUUCUACCGGCGAAUCCUGGAAGGAACUUGCCAACAAGAAACAUGGCCUGAAAGCGGGAGACACCGUGCAAACCAUGAUUGCUCGCAUGAACGAGACCUUACCCUUUGCGACUACAAAAGGCAUAUUCGACAAUGGAUGCGGCACCGGCACCAUCAUAACGCAUAUCCUCGAUACUUUUGGCUGCGAGAUACCUGAUUCGGCGAGAAUCAUCGCCGCAGAUUUCAGCGUGCACAUGCUGGAAGUGUUGGCUGAAACAAAGCGGGCCAGAGUCUCGAUGGAGAAAAACGGCUGGGAUCGGCUGGAGUUGCACAACCUCGAUGCCCACGAUCUGUCGAACAUCCCUGACGGCUCGAUAUCCCAUGUCACCGGUGGACAUCUCUAUUUCUUGCUUUCGGAUGCUCGUAAGGCGCUGCUGGAGACCCGUCGGAUUUUGGAGUCGGACGGUACGCUGGCGCUGUCCAGUGGAAAGGGCGGCCAACACCUAGAUGCGCUCCAGGAUGCGGUUGAACACGUCAGACCAGGAACUCAUUUGAGACUAACUCGUGAGCCUUGGGCCUCGGAAGAGGGUGUUAGAAAGGAAUUGGAGGCGACCGGGUUCGUGGAUGUCGAGACUUUUUUGCUCGAGUCGGAGGUCCAAUACAAGGACCAUCUUGACUUCGCGGAGACGCUGUUGCUGAUGCCAGUCAUGAAGAAUGCUACUGAUGGCUAUGGCGAAGAUGAGAGGAAACGCUUGCUCGACCAGGUGGUGGAGAAUCUGUGCGGCAUGAAUCCCGCUGCCCCAGGGAUGCUCAAAGGCACAGGGAUCAUUGCACUCGCACGCAAGAUUUAA